UGGGGGCCUUGGCCUCAGUUUAGCCCCACGAUUCAAGCCGGUCAGUCGAGCGCUCUCCAGUCGGUUCGAAAAACGAUCUAAUACAUAAUAUAGAAAAUAUCUCUAGUCAUUGACCCGAGGGCCAAGAGCAAAGUGAAGAACGAAAAGACUGAAAAAAGGCCCGAAGACAUCUAAUUAUGCAAAUGCCGAUGGUUUUUAGUGUUUUGUGGCUGCUUCAGCUGUUUCUGCUCGUGGAAUCUUUUGCUGGAGCUAAUUUCGCCAGGGGAGAGGAGCAACUGGAGGCUCUGCUGUACACCGAAACGCAGCUCAUCGAUGGGUUGCGUGAUUAUAUCGAGCGAUUGGAGCUUCAGCUGGAGGAGAUCCGAAGGGAGACCUCCGCCAUCGAGGAGAUCCACAGUCAAGUGGAUAGUGUGGAGGAGUACAUGGGAAAUCCACUAAAUGUCUUUGGUAUUCUCCAGAGGUUCGAAAGUGUGUGGCCCGGAUUGGAGCAGAAGGCGAAUGCCACUCUGGAGAUAGGGUUCGGAGAACGGUUGUCCGACAGGGAGUUAACCCUUCCCAGCGAGGAGGACUACGAGGAGUCUCUGAAUCAUCUGCUACAUCUGCAAUCCGUCUACGAAUUGGACUCGAAUAGCCUCUCCUUGGGCGUGGUGAAUGGAUUCAAAUUGGGCUCCUCCAUGUCCUGGGGCGACUGCCUGGAAGUGGCUCGCAAGUCGGACUUUCCUGUGGCCAAGUUCUGGCUAGAAUCUGCUUUAGAGAAGCUGCCCUCCGCCUCCGAAAACUCCACGGAAUCGCAGAGGGAACGGGAAAGCGGACGUGUGCACAUCCUGGAGGCAACUCUCAACAUUGAAUACCGCGCUGGGGAGCUUUCCCGAGCCCUGGCAACUGCCGAGGAGCUUCUACUGCUGCUACCAAUGAACCAAGGCAUUCAAAAGGCCAAAAGAAAGAUUGAAAAAGCCAUGGCCAAGAACGAAUUGCCCAAGGGAAGGGGCCAAAAGUCGAAGCCAAAGAAGCAAAAAUCCAAAUCCACGGAGCAGCUGCUCAUUGAGGAGAUUUGUCGCGGAGCAACACAGCAAGUCUCAACAGGAAGUCGCUUCAACCAAUGCCAGUUGGAUGGAAGUUCGCCCUGGUUGCUCCUCCAGCCCUCCAGGUUGGAGCCCAUCAGUUCAGAUCCAUAUAUAGUUUUGCAUCACGAUGUAUUGACGCCGAAGGAAUCCGGUGAAUUGCUGGAGCUCAUAGAUGAGGAGGAUGCAAAAGGAGUUAGCUAUCAAUCGCUGAAGCUAUCCAAACUGGCACAAAAGAAGCUUGGAAGGAUUAGUCGUCUCCUGGGACUUGAGACUGGGGACCUAGAUCCCUGGACCGGACGUCGCCAUGGUCACGAGCACAUCACCAAGUUGGAGGAUAGCUCGGAGCUGCAGCAUGUGGCACGUCUCAUGUUGAACUUGCAGGCACCCGGAAUGGGAGGAGCCGUGGUGUUUCCGCAGCUAGAGCUCGGCGUGAAUGUCCCACGUGGCUCGCUGCUCCACUGGCGCACACGAUCCGCCGGGGGCUCGUCAUCCGAGUGGGACUACCGCAGUGGCCAGGCCAUCUGUCCCGUGCUCCUGGGCGUCCAGUUGUGUAAGUUGCGGCGUGGAUGGAUUUCGCUUGCGUGCCGGGAUUGAGUUUGCGGCCCAGUCGCACUUACCACAUCCCAAAACAAGCUGUCAUCGCUUGUCAGUCGAACGUGCUGCGAGAUACCCUGUGGGGGGUAUAUUAGUUCUCCACAAAAUAUUCGUACAAAAAUAUUUUAAUCGUCGCUGAAAGUAAUAUGAAUCUUUUCAUUGCCAACUCUUUCCAAGAACCACAUAAUUUGGCUUUAUUAUACAAAGCAGUCAUUUCUUUGGAGACAAACUCUUUACAGGGUAUCGCGUGGUCGACUCUCACUUUCUCUUUGCUAAUUUCCAUUUUUAUUCAUCUCAAUUUCGCAUGCAGCCGCGUGGACAGGACUCAAUUGACGUGGGCAGCGAGGCCUGAUGGGUUUCCAUGGUUUCCCGAUCCGUGCGACAUGUGCAUUAAUUGCCAGCUGGGGAAUCAAAUAAAGUUGACCUUGGCACUUGAUUAAAAA